GUUAGUGUGGCUGUGGACGCCUGGCUGCGAGGGUCGCUGUUGCGCGUCAGAAUCGAGUUCUAUAUUUAGAAAAAGGAAACGAAACGUAACGAACAUGUGAUACUGUCGAGAACGAGACUGAAAACAUUACACAUGGUUGUAAAGUUGGUCAGUUGUGACAGACAGUGACCGCGUGGUUGUGCCCGAGUGUGGUCACCCUGGAGUGCGAGGUGGGCCAACGAGCAGGUUGUGACGCCAGCCCCCGAGCAGGGCCAUCCAGAGGCAGCCGUGUGGCCCUCUGGCACUAAAUAUAUGGCUUGUUUACACCUCCAUAAACAAACGUCAUAUCGUAGUGUUGCUUUUUUACAUAGUGUCGAUUGUGCGUAACGUUGUAGAACUUAGGUGCUAUUUACUUGGGACUUCACCUGCGGGCGAGACGCGAGAGGCGUUGAGGAAGGAGUGCCGGCGCGACCUCGCUACGGGGCCAUGUCGCGGUCGGCGUCUGUGUCGGUGCCCCGGCGGGAGCUGUACGUGGUCCCGGAGCGGCGCACCUCCCUGGAACUGGAGGACGCCCCGCGCCUCAUGCACGACCAGCAGCGGGAGUACGACUCGUGGCCGUGCGACUCCUUCUUCCUGCUCCCCGACGCCGUGCUUACCAUGGACGCCGGAACAUUCCGUGCCGACCUCAUGUCCUUGGACCCGGCGCUGUCCGCGUCGUUGCCGGAUUGGGACCUGCCGGGGCUGACGGGCCGGUCCGCCUCGCCCGCGCGCGAGUCCUCGCACAAACCUCGCUCCCCGCACGCCCACGUGGCCCCGCGGGCGGACCGUCGCUCCCUCACGCUGCUCGACCAUCACGAGGGACUCACCGUCCACACCGCCGGCCAAGGAACCGUCCUCAUAGGUGGAGGUGGUGAUGGUCGAGACAGCAGUGGCGGGGCGGGGGGCAGUGCUCCCUCCGCCAACGGCCACUCCGGCCAGCAACAGCAACAGCAGCAGGACCAACAGCAAAACUCAGCCGCCGCCAGCAAGAAGAGCCCGGCCAAGAAGGGCUCCUCCUUCUCGCUGGUGGCCAGCGACAUCGAUAUCGGGGAGGGCGAGCCAGCACCUGCCCAGCGCGAACGAUUCCUAAUGGCCAUCGAUGCCCCACUCGGCCUGCCGCCCGUGCCUCCAACACGUGGGCGCCCCAGUGCGCCCGUGGACCAAGAUGCUUAUUGGUUUGCUCAAGGAGAUAACCCACCACCAAGUAAACAACAAAGAGCUUCCUUAGCUGGCCCUAAUGACCUGAUUUUUGGAGAAGAUGACAAGUCCUCUGGCCUGUCUUAUAAAGACAGAGAGGAACGUGUGCGGCAGUUGAGGGAGAAGCAACAGCUGGAGAAGCAGCAGAAACUUGAAGAACUUAAGGAACAGGCGGCAGCAGCACAGAAAUUCCGGGAGCAGCAGGAAAAUGAACGCAGGCGCCGUUUGGAGGACAUGAGGGUCCGAGAUGCAGAUAGACGUUCACAGGUGGAGGAGCGCAAGCGAAUAAUUCAGCAGGCGGAGCAAGAUCGCAGGGAAGCUGUUUUAAGGAAGACUGCGGUAAGGGAGGAACGUGAACAGCGCUUGGAAUCAAAAAGACGUAAUGAAAAAAGCAACAUAGUAUUUGCCUUUGGUAGUUCCACACCUCGUAUGUUGGAUCCCAAAGAUGGUGUCAGUACAUUCUGGGGAUCUCGUAGGGCUACCUCCACGACAAAUGUCCACUUAGCAGAUACCAAUAUCAGUAGGCGAGCAUCGGAGGGUGGAGACAUGGACCUAAGCCGUAAGCGCGCCACUUCAGCCCACAGCCUUGACAGGAAGCCAGAAGACAAAACCCCAACAAACUCAUCCCAAUCACGUUUCUGUGUGUGGGAGUUUGGGGAUAACUUCACUGCGCUGGGUCCCGCAAAUCAAACUAGUGGUGGUAGCGGCAACCUGGCCUCUCCCUCACCGGCCACGACACCCACAUCUUCCACGUGCUAUUCUCGUAGAACUGCUUCUGUAUUUACUGGGGCUGGGUGCACUUUUGGUGGUGAAGAUCUUAUGACAAGAUCAAUGACUGCAGCAAUCCCUGCAUCAGCAGCAAGACGACGCACCGAUCUGAUGCCAGCAAUGCCGAGUUUGCGAGAUUCAUCUGGCAGCACUCGAAGUAGUCCUCGCCAUCGAUCGCCAGGUAGGGCGUUGUCACUGGGAAGGCUGGAUGAACUGUCCCGGCCACGCCAACGCAACCCCCCUCUUGCACCCCUGCAUGAGACUACCCCUUCUUCUGUGCGCAUGAGUCAGCCUGCUCGCACCAUGUCCAAGAGCAUGUGUCACCUGGGCCCUCGACCUGCCAGAACCCAGACUGGCCACGCUCUGGACAUUACAAGUGGCCAAUUGGACAGAGGAGUAUCUCGCAGCUCUGUCACUCUGGCACAGCCUCGUAUGACACGUGCUGAGAUGCUUAGACAGAAAAAACUGCGAGGUGUAGCCUUGACAUCCAGUGGAGACAGCAGUACCAGCAGUACGAAGAGUAGCUCUACAACACAAGGCAUGCGCAGUGGAACGGUCACCCCGAACUCUCCCUCACGUCCCACCUCUGCAUUGAGUCAGGGAUCAAACAACAGCAGCCAGGUGUCCCUCAGAUCCCGCACCUCUCCCCGCAAGCCUCGCCCUCUCAGCAUUGCUGGAUCUUCACUCUCUUCAGCUGAUAAACCCAGAGAUGCCGUUCCACCCUCCAGGGAAAGCAGGCCCAUGGAGAGGAAAUUGUCUGUUGGCUCAACUUCAUCUACAAAACCUGCAAGGGCCAAGAGUGCAGGGUCUGACAGAAGUGCUCCAGCCACUCCAGCACGCACACCAGUAAAAGCUACAACACCCAAGAAAACUCCGUCACAGGUUAAGGCUGAGAAUGCAGCUAAAAAAGCUGUAGAGAAGAGUAAGUCAACACCAAAGACCAAGACUACUCCAAAGACAACCCCUCUGCAUUCUCCGGCAGUUGAAAGUAAACCUCUUCCUGGAUCAAAAGAAAAGAGGGUCUCUCCACAAAAGGAAGACAAACCUGCUGAGCAGAAUAACAAAGAAACUAAACAGCAGCUGACAGAAAAUGAUGCCACAACAGAAGCAAAGCCUGAUACUGCAGAUGCCAGUCAGGAGGCCCCAGUUCAGGCCCCUGUUGAGGAGAAACAGCCUGAAAAGGUUGUUGAACCCACUGCUAAACCCACUGCUGAACCCACUGCUGAACCCAUUGUAAAUGACACUGACGCUAAAUUGCAGCCCACUGAGGAGCUCACACCUGCUAAGCCACAAGAAACAGUUGCAAAAGAGCCUGAAAACAAUGAAACUCCAAAAGAAAAGGAAAAGGAAGGUUCUCAGGAGAACUUGGAGAAGACUGAGGAAUCAGAGAAGACAAUGAUUAAGAAGGCAACAGAUAAACCUGUCACCGGGUAUGCAACAGAGGAGGAUUACAAGGCAGCCCUUGCAGAAAAGCGGCGUCAGGCAAGAGAGGCCAAGGAAAGAGAGCUUGAAAUGGAACGCCAGAAACAGUUGGCAGAGGAAGAGCGUGAAAGAAAAGAGGAGCAGGAGUACCUCAAGAUGCUUGAAGACCAGAGGAAGGCUGAAGAGGAGCGCUUGAGAAAGGCAAUUGAGGAAGCUGAUCGCCAGCGAGAAGAAGACGCAAAGAAAAAGGAAGAAGAAGAGAAGCAGAGGGAAGAGAAUGAGCGCGUAGAACAACAGAAACGUCUUGAGGCAGAGGAAAAACUUCGCCGUGAGGAAGAAGAGCGUCAGGCCCGCAAGAGCCGUGUUGCAGCCAUCAUGGCAAGGACUCGUGGCAAGGGAGGAUCAAACACUCCUACCAAGGCUGAAGCCAAGACUCCAUCUGAUGAAAGCAAGGGCUUCAAUGAGAGUGACAUGAGCAGCAGCAUGACAGACUCCAUGAUCAAUGCUCUAGUUUCCCAGAGUGAAAGCUCCAGCCAGCCUCAAAGUGAUGCAUCAUCACAGCCUGCUCAGCCCUCAAGUGAUGCCUCAUCCAGACCAUCACAGCCUGAUGCAGUCUCUGAGAAUGCUGUAGUAGCUGGUGUUGAAACUGAUUCUAAGACACCCGCUGUCAAGUCAGCAACACCUCCCCGCGAUGUGACUUCAGCUUCCAUGGGUGUUGAAUUGACGCAUUCUAAUAUUGAGGUUACCCGAGCCACAGAGAACUCAAUGGUCGAUGACCUGAUUAGUGGUAUUGCCUCAGUUAAAGUUGAAGAGCCACAUGUGAAUGGAGAUUCCCCAGUGCCCAUGGACACGACUCCCACACAGUCUGUAGACUUGUUGGGAACCAUUAGUGAUGUACAUAGUGUAAAUCAUAACGGAGUAGAUAAUACGCCUGCACAGACCAGUCAAGGGACGGACAACCUCCUAGGUUCCUUAGAUCCUAUCAACUCAUCAAACAAUACCACAGCUGUCACUCCAGCAGCAGCAAACUUUGAACAGAUCAUUGACUUGGGUCAGACCAAGCUUAGUAAUGAGGAUGCAGUUAACAGCAACCCUCCUUCACCAUUUAUAGCAUUUGAGCAGAAUUUGAACAAGAAGCAGAGUCAGGAUAAUACAAGCACAGUUCCAGAUCUGUUGCUGUAAAAUCUGCAGUUUUGUUCAUAUUCUUGUAUGCUGCCUGAGUGUGAUUAUGAGAAACUCCAAAUGUGAUAGUAGCACUGGACCUUUGAAACUCAGCCUUAUGUGGUUGAGAAAUUGGAAGGCCUCCCUCCAUCACCCAACUCACAAAAGGGGUUAAGGGUUCAGUUCCCAAUGCCUCAGCCUCUAGUAGUGUGGCUUUUGUGCGAGUGUGAUACAGAGGAUCUGUUUAACGUUUCAUUAUCACUUGGCCUUUCCCCAGUCAAAAAGGAAAAUUAGUUGCCUUAAUUGGUUUUUAUAGUGCCAGCAUUUGUGACUUGCUGAAUUAUAAUGUAAUACAGUGUGUACAUGCAAGUACAAAUGCUGAUAAAAUGCUGGUUAUAAUCCUCAUGUAAUGUAUCAAUAGUCUUCUCAGAGAUCUGUCUUUCCAAAGGUUAGUAUCCUGUAGUAUGAGCCAAAAGAUUGCUUUACAGAUUUAACAGGCAAGAAGAAUAUUAUGACUGUGUUAUAGCAGUGUGUUCUGCUCUCCAAAAUAGAUAUUAUCCAUAUUCUUAAUAAUUCUAUGACAGUAGAUUGAAUGCAAAAUGUGCUAGUUAUACUUGUGCUAAAAUAUAUACAGAAUAAUUGACAGUUGUGUAAUAUUAACAGUGAAAGAAAUAUGUAUAAUAUAUAUAAAUAUAUAUCACCUCCAUGUUUUAAUGUUAUAAAGUUGUCCUUACAUGGAUUAAAUUGAGCAAGACCAGUGUUUUAUAAAGAAAAAGAAUCUGUCAUAUACUGAAUGGGUGCUAGUUGGUGUAGCAGGCUUGCCAUGAAUAAUAAUGAAAGAAAAUUAUACAAGUACAGGUCCCUACAAUCUGAAAUGAAUAUAAAAGGCUGCGGUGCAUGAUAAUUGACCAACUUCAAUCAGUAGUCAUAUUGAGAAUGACCUGUUAUUUUAGGCUCAGAUAAUAUUUUGGGUGACCUUGGGGGAAAACAUUGUUUAUCUGUAAGGGUUAUGAACCAGUCCAUACAUAAUAUACAUGUAUUGAAUUUGGUCUUUUUUAAGUUUUAUGAGUACAGUAUCUUUUGAUUGUGGUAAAGAUAACUUUUUGGGCUUGGUGAUAACUGACAGGUUAUGCUAAAUGACCAUUCACUAAUAAAACCAUGUUCUCCACUACAUAGGCAAUCCCCGCUUGGGAAUUCAGCUUCAUGGCUGCUACUCACAAGUUAUAGUGAAAUUGUAUUUUAGACUUGUUGAUAACCACUAAUAGUACUAUAUUCACCAGCUCUACUCCAUUCUACAUUUCUAUCUAUAACAAUGUGUUUCUCCAUCAUUUGCUUUGACAGAUACCAUGUAUAAAGUCAUUAUCUUGUAUUUUUAGGUAUUAGGAAUUGCUGUAUGAAGUCAUGUUUUCCCAUCUGAGUAAUUUUAUUUAUGUAGAUUAAGGUUUUUAUAUUUGAGUUGCAUUUACCCACGGUGCACCAAACUUUAAACAAAAAAUUAUAAAAACUAUAAAAGUUGGCCCACUUGCCUUUGUUAUAGUCUCAUUUAUAUUUUAUUAAAUGCUCAAAGAUAUCUUUCCCAUUUGCUUUUAUGUCUUAUUCAGUUUCAUGUCUAAUGGAUGUAAUUCACAGAUACAAGAUGGUUACAGUUUCAAAAAAGAAAAUGAAAUCUAUAUUAGUGGCUUCCUGCCACAUCUAACCAUGUUUCUUAUGCCAUUAUAAAUAACCCAAUCCUGUACACUAAAAUUCCUUGUAUUUGUAAAAGUGCUAUAUGUGGUAUAAAAAUCUACCAGUUAAUAAA